AUGAGGCCGGCCCAUAGUGGCGGGAAUGGCGACACCACCACUACCACCUCGACAGCCGUGGUUCCCGAGUAUCUCUCUGCGGGCGCGAACCGACAGACGGCCGUCGCGGACUGGGGUGCCGACGGGACGGUGGCGUUUGGUGCGGACUUGAAUGUUGCGCUCUGGCGGCCUAGGGACUCAACAAACAGAGGCAUCACAGCUUUGCUCUCAGGUCACAGCGAGGUGGUCAAGGCAGUCAAGUUCCUGCCGCGAGCAGCAAGGGAUCAUGAGGGCUUCUCAUACAUUGUCACCGGAUCAGAUGACAAGGCUGUCAAGAUAUGGUCCUUGAAAUCGUCCGAAGGCGAAGAUGGUCUUGCCACUACAGCAGAGUGCAUACAGACCACCCAGAGCCACACGGCGCCAGUCAACUGUAUCGCCACGCUCAGCAACAAUACGUCCUCAUCCUUGUCAAAUGAUCAGAGGAUAUUCGCCACGGGAGCGGCCGACGCCACAAUCAAAGUAUGGACUUUCGAUGGCACGGAGUCCCGCGUGGUCCAGACAAUCAAGCCAACGCCCAAGUUCUUCCCCCUCGCCAUCGCAAUGAGCCGCUUGGACGACACGGCAGCCAACAGCCCCCUGAUCCUGGCGGCGGCAGGCACGCGCGAUACGAUCCAGCUUUUCGUCGCGGAGUCUGCGCAGAACCCAGACUUCAAGCACCAGGCCACGCUAUCCGGGCACGAAGGCUGGAUCAGGUCUCUCGAUUUUGUGCGAGAUCCCCAGGAGGCCGGGAAUGGCAACUUGUUGCUCGCCUCGGCCAGCCAGGACAAGUACAUCCGCCUUUGGAGGUUCCACGCCGGGACGGAGUUGCCCACAGUGAGAGCUGAGGGCAAUGACCCGUCCCUUGGUGCUUACCUGCCCGGGCGGUCGCCGUCGAACAAGGUGCAUCGCCUCAAGGCCGGGACAGAAGGAAAGGAAUACUCUGUGACUUUCGAAGCACUGCUUCUGGGACACGACGACUGGAUCUACAGCGCGAAGUGGUUCGUCCGCCGACCUGCCACUACCAAUGACAGCACGGAGAAAGAGGCUGCACGCCUACAGCUCCUCUCCACAUCAGCAGAUAACACGCUCACGAUAUGGGAGGCCGAUCCGACCUCGGGAAUCUGGUUGUCCGCUGUACGUCUCGGUGAGAUCAGCAGGGAAAAGGGAGCGACCACGGCAACAGGCAGCACGGGCGGCUUCUGGACAGGACUGUGGUCGGCCGACGGCAACUCGGUGACGUGCCUAGGGCGGACGGGGUCAUGGCGACUGUGGAACUACAACGAGAAGGACGACCAGUGGCUGCCGCAGGUCGGUAUCAGCGGGCACACGCGGGGCGUCACUGGCGUAGCGUGGGCCAAGAACGGCGAUUACCUCCUGUCCACGAGUCUGGAUCAGACGACGAGACUCCAUGCUUCGUGGAAGCGGCCGGGUCAGGAGAAUGAAGAGCAAGAGACGUGGCACGAGAUGUCGAGACCGCAGAUCCACGGCUACGAUCUCAACUGCAUCGACACUCUGGGCGCCACCUCCUUUGUGUCGGGAGCGGACGAGAAGCUCAUGCGAGUUUUCAGCGAGCCGAAAGCCGUAGCAAACCUGCUCGAAGGACUGAGCGGCAUCGCCGCGCCGGGCAACGACGCCAGCGCCCUCCCCGACGCAGCCAACAUGCCGGUGCUCGGCCUGUCCAACAAGGCGAUCGAGGCGGUCGACGACGACGUGGAGCUCGACCCGGCGUCUACCGACCCGCACAACACGGACCGCGAUGCCCUCGACCCGGCCACGACGGUCCGCAAGUCCCUCCUCGCGCCGACCUCGGUCUCGCACCCGCCUUUUGAGGACAUGCUCAGCCGGCACACGCUCUGGCCCGAGGCCGAGAAGCUGUACGGCCACGGCUACGAGAUCUCGUGCCUCGCGGCCAGCCACGACGGCAAGCUCAUCGCCAGCGCCUGCAAGGCGAGCUCGCUCAACCACGCCGUCAUCAGGUUGUUCGAGACGGAGCGCUGGACAGAGAUCCGCCCGCCGCUCGCGGCGCACACCCUCACAGCGACGAGGCUCCGCUGGUCGUCUGACGACCGGUACCUGCUGAGUGUCGGCAGAGAUCGGGCGUGGGCGGUGUUUGAGCGGGAGCAGAACGAGGACAAUGCAGCACCGACCACAUCCGAGGAGAGCGGGACCAGGAAGGGUGGAGGUGCUGGUGGUGCUACUUCUUUCAAGCUGAAGCAGACUAACCCCAAGGGCCACACACGUAUGAUUCUCGACGCCGCAUGGGCACCACCACCCACGACGUCGGGUAGCGGUUUGGAAGCCGCCAAGCCUCGUCGUCUGGUGUUUGCCACGGCGGGUCGCGACAAGCAGGUCAAGCUAUGGCACCAGCCCUCACCAUCCUCCCCAGAUCCAGCGCCUCAAGAAGCCUCACCAGCACCGUCAUCAGAUGUGGCAAACACUGGAGACGACAAGACUGCGGCUCCCUCCCCCUCCUCCUCACAAGGCAUCGUCCUCGCGAGCUCGAUACCGUCAACACACCCCGUCACAGCAAUCGACUUCCUCCCGCACGCGAGCAGCAGCAACCACUUCAUCCUCGCGGUCGGCACCGAGGCCGGAAACAUCACCGUCCACCGGAUCGACUCUGCCUCGCUGAGCGUGGCGGCGAGCAUCGAGGUCCCGGCGGGGUUGUGUCUGGCCAAGGCGGUGCUGCAGCUGUCAUGGCGGCCGGGGUCGCCCUCGGGCGCUGAGACUGGACAGGAGACGACGAGCAAGAGGGAAGAGCUCGCGGUCGCUGGCGACGAUGGGUCUUUGAGGGUUUACUCGUUCCGGUUGUAG